AUGAAAUUAAACGAUCAAAAAAACAAUACUCAAUUAACUAUCUUUCCUUAAGCUUAUAAUCAAAAUAUGACUGAAGCAUAUAAAUAUUUAUCAAGAGAGUCAAGUGUAAUCAAAAAUGAAAAAUCUAUUUUAAAAUCUCCAUCAUCUAAUUUAUUAUAAACUGCAUCAAAUAGAGGAAGUGAUAAAAAAGUUAGAAUCUAAGAAUCUGCUAAUAAGGGUUCAUUAUAAUUCAAAAGUACAGCAUAAUUUGGUAGAUCAUCAACUGAUUUUAUCUAAAUUCCUCCAAUUAGAACUCUUAACAGAGAGGAUAGAGAAAAACUAAUAGCCACUCUUAUUUAAUAGGUUAAAUAGUAGAAUUAAUUAAUUAUAUAAUUGCAAGAUAGAGUAUAAUCGUAAACAGAAUAAUUAGAUCAAUUCAAUCUUUAAAAUGAAACAUAUCAAUAAAAACACAAAUGUUAUGCAGACAUUAUUUCAAAUUCAAAUAAAAUUAAUUCAAGAAGUACAUUAAAUUUAAUAUAUAUUAUUAUUAGUUUAAUAAAUUGCAGAAAUUAAAGAAUUACAUUAUAGAACAUAAAAUGAUCAAUUAGAACUAUUAAAUUAGAUAUAUGAACAAGAACUUGAUAUGGAUACUGCAAUUAAAUGGAGAAAUGCUAGAUUAUAAUUUUAUUUUUUAGAUGCAUUCUCUAAGGCUGCAAAAUAUUCUAAAAAAUUGAAUAAUAUUAUCUCUAAAAAAUAGAAUCAAUAAUUAUAGGAAUGUUUUAACGGUUGGAAGUUUUAUAUACAAAAAAAAGCAUUAUUGAAUUAAUUUAAUUAAGUUAGGAAACUUAGAAUUGUUAUUAAUUUUUGGAUGAAUUGGAAAUAAUAUAUAGAAGAUAAAAAAUAGUAUAAUAAUAAUCUUAAGAUAUCAAUUUUAUUUUAUAAUAAGAAUUUGAAAAAAAAAUGUUUUAUUGAAUUGAAAUAGAAUUAUUUAAAAUAUAAUUUUAGUCUAAAUGAUUUUAAAAAAAUUACUUAAUCUUCAAUAAAUGAAUUUAAUAGAAUAAAGUUGUUUAAAGUAAAAAAAUAUUAUGAUAGUAGGUUUUUAGUUAAUGGAUUUUAUGGAUAAAGAAAGAGAAUUAAAAAUAAUAAAUAAUUUACCAACAUAUAAAUAAUAGACGUAUAAAAUAGAUGAAGGGAUUAAUUUAAUUUUUGAAAUAGAAUUGUAAUUUUCAUAAAGAGAGAGCAAAUAAAAUAGUGAUGUAAAGAGGGUAAAUAAAAUUAAGAAAGUUAUUUAAUUAAAUGAAAGAGAAUUGGAAAUAAAAUAAAUAUAGAGAGAACUAAAUUAAAUUGAAUAGAAAUUUCUUUAUAAAGUUAAGGUAAUUUAAGUAAUGGAUGAGGGAAUAUUAAAAAUUAUCAAGAUUGAAUUGUAUAAGUAUUAAGGUUGUAGAAAAGAGAGAGACUUAAUUUUUAUAGAGAUGUAUUUAAAAUAGAAUUAUUAAUUUUUUUAGUAUUUGAUACUUUGAAAAAUAAUGGAAUUAAGAGUAAGAUGAAGAGAUAGAAUGAAAUAUUAUUAAGUAAGAAAUAUGACAAUAGAGUAUUAAAUUGGGCAUUUAUGCAUUGGUUAAGUAAUCUAUUGAAGAAGAAAAACUUAUUAGUAAAGGAAUAAAAUGUAGUAAUUUUGAAACAGAAAGAUAUUGAUUAUUAGUAAUAAAAUGAUGUAUAGAACUUAAAAUAAAUGUACGAUAGUGUUUAAUAAUAAUUGUUAAAUUAGGAAGAGUAAAUAAAUAAUUAUAAAAUAUUGAUAUCUAAUUAAAAAGAAGUAGAAAGAGAAUUGUAAAUGCAAUAGUAAAUAAAAUAUAAAAUAAUAAUAUAGUGAUUAUUUAAAGUAAGAAUUAACAGCAGCAAAAGAUUAAUUAGUACAUUAUUAAAUAGAAGGAGAUGAAGUGAGGAUUUUAAAGGAAUAAUAUUCGUAAGCUUAAUAAUAAUUGAAAGAUUUAAGAAUGCAAUAGAAAUGUAAUGUUUGAAUUGUUUUAGGGUGAAGUAAGUUCUCCAAUUAAAAAUCUUAAGAAUAGUGGUAUGAAUAUAAAUAUAGAUCAUGAUUAAUUAAGAAAAUAGGUAGAGAUUAGUUCUACAUUACUUAAUGAUUAGAAAUAAGAAUAUAAUUAAUUAUAAAUGGAAUAUUCUAGAGUAGUUGGCGAUUAUGAAAAAAAAAUAAAAGAUAUUGAAAAGUAUUUUGUAGAUUUAUGUGAUAAAUAAAAGUUAUAAAUUGAAAGAUGUAAUCAUUAUAAUAUAAAUUUAGUGUUGAAAGAGAACUAAUCUAUUAAAAUUGAGAAUCAAUAAAAUAUAGUUUCUAGAAAUAAACUUGUUGAUGAAUUAAAUAUGAUUCAUGAAUCUUUUCGAGAAGAUUUACCACAUUAAAAUAGAAAUAAUUUUUAAAUUUAGGAUUCUUAUGAAUAAUAAUAAUUUCAUUAGGGUCGAAGAUUAAAAUCUCAUUUAUAUAGUCAAACAUCACCUGUUUCAGAUCAUUAAUAAUCUCAAAAUUCUCCAUUCAAAAAAGUAUAGAUUGAAGAUAGGUAUCUAUAUUUAAUUAUCAAGAAAAAUUAAAGAAGAGGCAUCAAAUUUAAGAGAAGAUAUUAAACGAAGAUUGGCUUCAUUAAAAACAUAAAUGGAUUGUUAAUCAUGA